AUGAAAACUAGUUCGUCCCAAUUCGAUUUGAUGGUGACAUUUAUGGAGCAGCACGGAGAUCUCAGCAAACCAUCCUAUAAUGCAAGAGGUAGGAUCGCCUCUUUAAAAAAUUGGGAGAAAUUAGCUCAGUUAUUGAAUAGUGAUGGUAGCGGUGGUACAAAAAGUACUGAGAAAUGGAAGAAGGUUUGGAGUGAUUAUAAAAAUAAUACGAAAAAAAAGGCUGCUCGUCUGCAUAAAGCAGCUAAAGGUACUGGUGGUGGGCCUGCUAUACAUGGUAAAUUGACAGAUUUGGAACAAAGAGUCCUAAAUCUGAUUGGUGUACAAGUAGCUACGGACUUGACAGUUGAAGAGGCUGGGUUGUCACAGGUGAUUUAUGUUCAGGGUAAUCCCAUAGUAAAUAUAGAACAAGGUAUAACAUUGCCACAACCACAUCACUUAGUAGAAUGUUCUUCACAGCCUGGUCAGGAAAAUGUUGCCUCGUUACUGCCACCAUCGCAUCCGAGGGCUAUAUCUUCACCACCUCUUGCCUUUGCAAAGGAAGAAGUUCAAAAUACAGGCAUGCUCUUUCCAACUAUGCCCUUAUCUCAAGUCCAAGAAAUUCAGCCAGGGCCUGCUUUGUCAGGGCAAACAACAUCUCACCAUGCUAGACCAAUUCGAAGUCAGAGAUCACAUCGAAGACGAGUGAGGCACACAGAGCAGGUAGCACAACAGUUUCUCCAAGCCAAAGAAUACUGGAGAAAUCUAAAAAGUCAGCAACACCAAGACUUCAUGGACAUGAGAAGGGAGCAAAAUAGAAUCAGGGAGUUGGAAGUUCAGGCUCAGAGAGAGUGGCAAGCAUUAGGAUUAAGAGCUUUAGAUAUUUUAGAUAAAUUAGUUAGUAAGUAUUGUAAAGAUUAG